CGAGCGAGGACUCCGGGAGUCGACUCGUAUAUACACGAGCGAGCGAUCGAACUGAGCCGGCAGCACAUUUCUGCAUGUCUCUCAAACACAUUGCGUAGCUUGACUCGAGCGUAUCGGCGCGGCUACUACUAUAUACCAAAUCGACGACGAGACAAAAGUGUCGUGUGCGCGAGCGCGUGCCACUGCGCACCGGAUGCCAAACGUCUUCUUCGGGAACGAAAGCUCGGUAGCUCCUGAUCCCGUCUAUCAAUCGCUCGAUCUGUCAGUGUUGUGUUCGAAUAAAAAACAUAACGGAAUCUAAGAUAUUCCCAGUGGAUUACAGUAAACUGCAGUGGUUGCGACACUUUGUUCGCUUCUUUUUUUGGAGCACUCGAGCUCAGUGUGAAUCGAGCCUCGAUGUUUCGUUCCUUUUGCGUGCACGAUUAGGAGGGAAUCGCAUCGCCGAGUGCCCAUUAUUCAUCGACCAGUGCAAAACUUUAACUCGUACGCCUCUGCAAGCUCGCUCAGCUCCGAUCGGAAUAAACAUAAUAUAAAAGCUAGAAAAAUUCCAAUGGAGCUUAAAUGUAUUCAAAAUUUCAAUGAUCCCACCAGAAUCAAUUAAAAUUUUAACAAAGAAAAACUCGAUUGAAACGAGCGAGAGCAAGCGUCAGUCCUGGUCUAAAGCUUACAAGCUCCACGCAGUUUAUACGAGUCGACCGACGGCGGCUCGUGACAGCUCGCGAGAAAAGUGGCUUUCUCGGCCACUGCCGCUCUCUUCGAGAACUUGGUAGCAGCCGAGCAGCUGCACCAACAGCAACAGCAGCAGCAGCAUCAGCAGCAGCAGUACCUGAACUCUUACAUGAGCAGUCGGCACGCCUGUGCUAAUGACAGCUACUUCGACGAAUCACUGUCAACAACGGCGGCCACAGUAGCGUCGACGACGACGGCGGCGACAUCCUUGGCGGCGACGGUAGCAUCUCUGGACGGGACCAGGAUGGUCUCUCACGUCAUACCCGUUAGCUCUGGAGUUGGCUCAUCCUUCGGCACCACGAUGAACUUGCACAACGACCUCUAUCAUCAUUACGAUUUGCAGCAGGGAAGCGGCGGUCUCAACGGGCCUGGUCUCAGCGACAUGCAGAGUUCGAUUCAUCAUCUGAAAAUUAAACAAGAGCCAUUUCAGUUUUCGUCGACGGCGAGUCUUCCACACAUGCAUCAAGUAAGCAGUUUCGUAUCGGAGCCCCUGUCGAGUCCCUGCAUGAGUUCGCUGACGAAGGACCUGAACGCGUCGAUCGGUGGCUCGCCCCUGGACUCCUCCAUAGUCGGGAGCACGAGCCUCCAAGAUCAGCAUCAGCCGCUGCGCAGCCCGGACUCGGUGGCUUCCUUGGCCAGCAGCAGCACCACGACUCACGGCCUGGUCAGCAGCAACUCUCAGCAGCAGCAUCAGCAGCAACACAGUCGAUCGUUGAAGCGCAAAGGCGAGGCCGGACUAGCUCUCGACGUGGUCGGCAACUCGAGCAGCGACUCGCUCUCCUCGCCGGAAAAGCGAUCCCGCGGCUCGUUGCGCAUGUCGUCGGACGAGGGUCCCAACAGCAGCACCGGCAACAACAACAACAACAACAACACCCCGACGACGUCGAGCAGCUACUCGUCCAAUGCGAUCGCGACGACCACGUCGAGCGGCGGCGCCUCGAGCUUGUCGCCCGGGACCGGGGCCAGCAGCAGCGACGCCAAUCAGCAGCCGAGCUCGGCGGGCCAGGGCAACGACGCCAAGCCGCCUCUGAGCUACGUGGCCCUCAUCACCAUGGCCAUACAGAGCAGCGAGCACAAGCGGCGCACCCUCAGCGAGAUCUACACGUUCAUAACGAGCAACUACCCGUACUACGAGAAGAACAAGAAGGGCUGGCAGAACUCCAUCAGGCACAAUCUCAGCCUCAACGAGUGCUUCGUCAAGGUGCCCCGGGAGGGUGGGGGCGAGCGCAAGGGCAACUACUGGAUGAUUCACCCCGAGGCGAACGACAUGUUCGAGCACGGCAACUGGCGGCGGCGCAAGCGCAUGAAGCGCAACUUCCGCAGCGCCACUUACCCCAAGGAGCUGUACAGCGAGCGAUUCGGCGGCCUGGGCGGUCACCUGGGCGCGAGCACGCGCAACUUCUUCGGCCACUCGCCGCCUGCCUACUCGACCUCGGCCUAUCCCCGCUACGAUACCAGCGCCUGGGGUCUGCAACAACAAUCCUUGUCGAGCUACAGCCACUGCCAGCUUCAGCAGCAGCUACCGAUGCAAUCCAUGCAGAUUCCAGCAAUGGGCGGCUACAGUCAAAUCAGCUCGUCGCUAGCCUUUCAAGGCAAUUAUCUUGAUGUUCCAGGCGGCACGGGCAGCAGCAGCGCGGCGGCGAUGAGCGGCAACGGUUUCGCCGGCGGAUUCUCGGCCUGCUCGAGGCGCCACGACGCCGCUUCGGCGGCAGCGGCAGCGGCUGCGGCGGCCGCCGCGUCCAUGACCGUCACCGAGGCCGUCUCCAGAUGCUCCUACUGGCCCGACAUGGUCAAGGAGGACCCGGCGAAUACGCCCGUCUCGCCCAGCAGCGUCAGCACGGUCGGCGUGUCGUCCAACGUGUACGGCUCGACGCCACCCUCGAGCGUCUCGUCCAUUGGCUACUCGCCCGUCGACUUUCAGACUCGUUCCAAAUGCUUCAUGUGAAAUAUACGCCUCAUAAACCAGACUUAUUCUACAUUUUUACACGCAAAACGAUCGAGUCUCGACCUUUAUUUGCCUUGAGCUCACUUUUUUU